AUGGACAGCACACGACCUUUCCUUGACGUGCCCAUAACCGCAGUUCGAUGCGCUCCUGACGGGGCCGUCUAUUUCGCUGCGGGAAACGUGGUGUACAGAAGCAGUCCGAGGCAUCGUACAACAGCAGCCGCUUCGCUUGCCUCUUCUUUCGCAGGUUUGCCUACUGAUGCCACAGAGAGGUGUAUUUGCGCACCACCAAGCACGGUCAUUACCACCUUGGCGUUAGCUGCCUGUUCACUCCAUCCCCCACACGAAUUAAUCACCACAGCACUACACCAGCAUUUGACGCUUGUACUCAUUGGCGCUGCGGACCGCCUGUUAGCGCAGAUCGAUUCAGUUGCGCUGGAUCAGUCAGGAACAGGCAUUUUCUCUUCGUCCACGACGGCGGCAGCAUCGUCAAAUUGCUCGGUGGCCCAACCAACAAGUUGUGCUUGUGUGCUGCAGACGGCAGAGAGCCGUAUCUUGUGCAUCGCCGUGGAUGCAGCACGAGGGCUCGUAUUGGCUUUGACAGCGUCGAAUGACGUCUUUUACGUCCGGCUCAGCGAUGUGGAAAGGGCUCUGCAAACGGGCAUUCCGUCACAGUACCGAGACGUCUCGCAGCGUCUUCGGCACGGUCGAGUACGGGGACCACCGCUUGGUGUGGUGCUGGCAGCGGACAUUUUGAUUGAAAAUGAGACAAGCGACGACGCGUCGCUGCCAUCGUAUCGUCUGUUUGCCGCCACAUACGCCGGGGAGGUGGUGGAGUGGUACCCGACGCAGAACACAGCGGAGAUGAUCGACGCGAUGGAAGGCUCUCCGGAGGGCCAACGCUCUGGACAGGCCGAUGAGUUCUGCAUUGCUGCGCGCGUGCAGGCCCACCCGAGUGGGUGCGCCAUCUUUUCCGUGCGCGUGGCGCAGAGCUUUCCAUCCAUGGCGGAGGGAGCCGGUCGCCAGCGCAGGGAACCGCGGCUCACACACCUUGCGACGUGCAGCGACGACCGCACGGUGGCGCUAUACGAAUGUCGACGUCCGGUAGCCAAUGACGCAGCCGGAGAGAGAGGUACUUCAUCGCCAUCAUGGCCGCAUGAGCAACCGCAUCCGGAAAAGGAGGAGGGGUGGGUGCUCCUGUGGCGAGGAAGCGGCACUUCCUUUUCAAAGACUCGUGUCUUUGAUGUGGCGGUCUGUGCCGUGUGGUCGUCAGCGCGAGUGCCAGCAAGCGAACUAAGUUCAUCCUUUGAUUCCUCCACUGCACGCUGGAGCUGCGGCGUACACGUCGCCGCUGCAGGAGAAGACGGUUGUGUACAGGCACUGCGCAUUGAAAAACAAAGGGGCGAAGGAGACGCAAUUCGUCAGUCAAAUUCCGUAAAGGUGUCUUGUUGCUUUGUGCGACCGCGUCAGCACCGCGGACACGGGGCGUACCGCGUUGCCUUCUGCACACCAACCGUUGCACAAAUGACGUUGCUCUCGGGUGGCUUUGAUGGCACGGUGUUCGCCCAUUCUUACCUUGCAGAGGCAGCAGUCGAAGCUCGUGCUCCGUGUGGCGCACGCGUUUUCGAUACUUCCACGGUUGCAAUGCCGCUGCCACCGUCAAUCACGCACCGUGUUUCUCCCUUCCAUCAUCGUCCAGCACCUUCCAAGGCUGCGCAGGUGCGUGUCGUGCACGUCGACGCUGCUGGUUGUUUGCUUGCCUUCACAAAUCACCUGCUGUGCGUUCAGUGCCACGACGGCGCUCUUGAGCAGGAUUGGUCUAUCCCUCUUCCCACCUCUGUCAACCCUGACGCAUCGUGGGGAUUGCCAACCUGUGCAGAGAGCUUCCCGUUGCCGCUUGCAUCGCGGGAGCACAAAAUGGCAUCGGAUGGUGAGGGUGUUGCGGACGCUUCCUGCGUGAUGGUGGGCACCACGACAGGGACGCUAUACGUAAUCCCGUACGUUUAUUCGCGAGGUGCCGGCCGUACCGUCCGCUGGAUGCGCCGGCCGAUGGCAGACGCAUCGCAAAUGGAAUUGAAAACGAGCACGUCUCCUUCCACCACAGCGUUGCAGAUUCACGGCAAGAUCACCCACAUGGAGGUCGUUGGGUUGGACGAUAAUACGGCCUCCACUGCAGAUGCGCGGCAGCGAGUCGUACUGGUGGCAACAAAUCACGUUCGCCAUACCGUUGCGCUUUCUGCCGUGCACGUUCGUUUUAGCAACACUGCCGGUGUGGAAGAAACGCCGGAUGGUAACUCGUUGCAGCUGGAGGGUGAGUGGCGGUUUCAGUCUCUCUUUGAGAACUGCCCCGGGCCCCUCACCACUGCCCUCUCCCUUAUCUCCACAGCUUCCGUGGCGGGGACCGCAACACACUCAUUUUGGCUUCUCGUGGGCGACAAAAACGGAUGCCUUGUCGGUGUGGAAGAGUUGAUCUCAGCGGCAGAGCUGUGCAGCACCUCGUCGAAAGUAGCGUUGCCUGUAAGUGUGCCGAUCACGAAGUCAGCCGCCGUGUACGCCUACGUAUUCCCCGCACACCUGCACAUCGCCAUCUCUGCCUUCUGCGUGGAGGGAGCUGUUUCUGCUGUUGCGGACAAAACCUCGAAUGCCGACAAGGAAUUGAGCUGCGAGCCUGUUGUCCUGCGGAUUGCUGGAACAGGCGGCGUCGUGGAGUUCCUUCGCUUGCCGGCCACUACAGCAGAGAUCAAAGCACUUCACUGUGGGGACGAAGGCACCACGCCGACUCUGCGUGCAGCACGCUCACGAGAGCCGCUUCGUCUCCCCUUUGAAAUCUCCUCCUUCCUCGCUGUGUCGCGUCGCGUUUGUGUCGUGCAGUCGGGCACCACCGUGUCAGUUUUGUACCGCAUCCCAGGGCGUACUGCGUGGGUUUUGGUGGACGCAUACGCGGACAUCCGAGCUCCUCGCCUGCUGACGGCGCGGAUAUGCGAAGGAGGCCAAUCGAUCAAGGACCAGUCAGCGGGCACCCCCAUGGUCUUUCUUGCGCACUGCUCUGAUGGCCACACGGUGGAGCAGUUUGUGUGCUGUCCAGAUCAACUGCAACUGCAGUCCACCUCAGAGCGAUGUGUGCGGACGUCCGUGUUGCACGGUGGCGGUCUACCGGGCAAGGACUACAACUGCAUCACCUACGCCCCAGCUCCUCUCCAUUGUCUGCUCAUGGGCAACGAGGACAGCAGCCUCGUCGUUGUUCCGCUACACGCGCCUCCUACACACAAGGGAGUUCCUUCGCUAACGCCUUGGUUGUUGCGUCGCUUUACUGCGCCAAUGAACAUUGGUGGCGCGCACCAUUCGAAUAUACUUGCAAUUGCAGUCUUGCCACGCACUUCGACCGACAGCACAAACGGCCGUCUUCGCUUUGCUUCCGUGGGUGGUGGCGCGAUGGUGAACUUGUGGUCCUCCGACAACACAUCGAAUCCGCUGCGGUUGGUUGACUGGUGGUGCGGAAGCACGCCGAAAACGGCCUCACCUCCUUUAGAAACGAAGGAGAGGCGUUCUUUGAAGGAAUUGGAGAGAGGCGUUAGAGGGACGAGCAACGGCAGCAGCACCAGCGUCCGCCGCAUCACCAGCAGUGCAAACUUUCAUAAGACGCGUGUGAAGCAGGCGCAAGCGCCUUCGGCGUCUGUGGCGCUGACGGAGCGAAUUUCGCGGUUUAUGUGUGCCGCGGCGUGGGACACGCAUACGUUUGCGGUAGGCAGCAGCGACGGGACGAUGUUGUUCUUCCGUGUUCAGCCCACAGAAACCGACUCAAUGGAGAACGGCACCACGUCUACCUCGUAUGAAACCCUGCAGUUGGAGUGGCAGGGUCCUCUCAAUGAGGAAAGGUCCAAACCAAUCUUUUGUGUUACCAGCACCGUCAUCGAAACCGGCGUUGUGCAGGAUUCCGAGCACGCAGAAAAGUCUGGAUUGCUUGUAGCAGGUGACACCAACGGCGUCGUGUAUGUGGUGAGCACCGUGACGCAUCGGGUCGUUACGCAGCUGCGACUGGAGCAGUCGUCUGUGAAUGCGUUGAGUGAAAUCCACGCAGUUUCAGUCGACUCGAUGGCUGCUGAAGCGGCAGGUAAGACGCACCGCACGUGGAGGUUUGCCGCCGUGCACGAUUCUGGCGUUGUCCAUCUAACACAAAUCGAGGCUACUUUCUCCCCAGAUACAUCGCUUCCCCAUAACACGAUAUCGCACGCACAGCUGACGGUGCUGAGCAGCGCAUCCACUGGAGUCACCGCCGGCCGCGGCGUGUGCUGGACGUUAGCGUCGCAACCGCUGGUCGUGGUAACAGAGGAGCGUAUUACGCAGUUCGAUCCACGAGAGCUACAACGCGGCGUGCUCGCUGUGCUGUGUGAGCGUCGUGUGAACGUCCGCUGUGUCAGCGGUGCCGCCGUGGUGCCGGAAAUUGGGUUGUGCGCAUCGACGGACGAAACAGAAGGCGCGACGUUGCAGAGCGAGAGUGGUUCCUCUGCAAAAGGGUGUUUGCUACCUCGCGUUGCAGUUGCCGGUCAGGGGUUUGAGAUGUGA